AUGGACAUUGAUGUAGCUAGCCAAGGGAGUUUUCUAAACCUGACCAUAGAGCAAGGAGAGCUACUGGUUGAGAACUUAGCCAAGAGUGAGGAAAGCUACAAUGAAAGCCAUGAUGUAACCCCCAAAGAAAGUUCAUAUGAAGACUCCACAUGGACAGCUUUGCAAGAUAAGUUGGAUAGACUAGAAAAGCUCCUAAGUGUGCAAAAUAGAGGAGUUUGUUUGGAUCUUGAGCAGCGCCAAGAGGAAGCCAAUUUCGUGGUCAAGAAUGGGAUCUCCAACCAAGAGAGUAUGCUUCCUCAAUCAAUUGGUCUAACCAUGAAAUCCAACAAGCUACCAACAGAACCAUGA